GUCCUCGGGAGCUUGAAACAAACAAACUUUAAAUCUACGAGCCGAAUGGCUGUCAUUCGAGGGGGAGUAUCCGCGUCCACUUAGCUCAGCGCCAACUCAUCAGACGCGAGAAAUAGUGUUGACUAGAACGUUUCGCUUGCCAGCCACCGGCAACCAUGACAAGGGGCCAGAUCGAGCCCAGACAUCCAGAUCUGCAAUGCUUUCAUCUUUGCGAUAUCAGGAGUACCUGCUCUAGGUUUCUAGACAGUUGAAACAUUGUGAUGUGGUCGGGUACAUUGCCCCAGGCCCAAGAGCGCGUCCGGGCAGGAAGAAACGAAACAUUAUUCUUGUGCUGAAAGGGGAUGGAAUUGAGGCUAUUGACGAUCAGCGAGUACUUGCGCUACAUAAGCUCCAGCACCAAAGGUCCCCUUUAAUUAUCGCCAGCCUCUCCCGUCAGCUCGGCGACAUGUGAAGUAGUGAUGAGAACGUCUCGUCAUGACCUACCAUCCCGUCUCCCUUCAAUCACGGCAUCGAAGUCUCGACGGCGCUAAAUAUGUAGGUCGGCGUUAUGUGUGCGUGGCGCUGAGUGGUGUCCUUGGUGGUGACCGGAUCGAGGCAAUCUACAGCCAUGUAGAUAAAGACAUCUUCACUCGCUCUUCAGUCGAACCUCUCUUACAUUGCCACCUUCUUUUUUCGUCACCAAAUAUCUACAUUCCUUUAUCGCGCUGUGUGCUGUUGUUUUUUUCUCUUCUUCUUCACCAAGAACGUCCAAGAUGGCUGUCAUUAUGCAAACAUUCUACCUUUUCACUUUAGCACAGCUUGCUGUGGCCGGUCCACUCGCUUACCGUGCUACUGUGCCUGCUCCAGUUAUCAAGGGCUCGACUACAGUACAAAACAUUACUUCAAACUUUCCGUGGACGAUACGAAGAGAUGGUGGUGGUGGGGGUACGAUCAAUGGCAAACAUAUCAUCAACUUCGCGGAUACCACAACAGCCAACACCCAAGCUCUCGCAGAGUUCGGCUUCCUACCAUUUACUUCCAAUUCGAUAGCAAUUGCCGGCGAGGACGGCAUGCAUGUAACAGACAUCGGUGUUUCUGACGAUACAUGGGUCAAGCAAAUGUGGCCAUUCGCAACGAGCAAGACACCCAUCGAUGGCGUGACUGGAGAAGAGAACUCGCCAAAUCACCGCCACGCUAUCUGGCCAAACACAAACAUUGUCUCUGGAUGCGGUGGCACUUGCGGCUAUACAGUAUCGGACGUCCUCGACAUCACCUUCACCCCUUACGCCGAGAAGUUUCUCUACUCUACACUUGCCAAAAUCACAAUCGGAGAUGCUGGUCCUGUUGUUACACGAGAGGCUGUUGCGUUGUGGUAUAAAUAUCAGACGAAUUAUGGCCAGUUUGGAUUGGCACGAGCCCGGGAUGGCUCGAAUGAUAUCUUUCUUUUCGCUGCACCAGAUGGUGCACUUGGUCUCAAGGUUGCUCGUGUCGAUGAGGCAGACAUCGCAGAUAAGAGCAAGUAUAGAUUUUGGAAUGGCAAGACUUGGGUUAAGAACCCACCGGGAGCACAAGAUACUUCUGCGAAUAUCUUCCAGUACAACCAAGGUGGCUAUGGUGUUGGCACUGGGGAUAUCUUCUGGAACGAGCACCUCGGCACAUGGAUUGCAGUCUUCAAUGAUGAGCUCGUUGGAAACAAUAUCUUCAGACUCAUGUACUCGACCACGGGAUGGAUUGUUGGUCCCUGGUCGACUGAGCCCAUCAAUGCAUACGAUUCAUUCAGCUGCGGUGACAGUCCGAACGCCGAAAAAUGCUCCGUGACAUACAACUAUGGCACACAUGCUUACCCAGACAUCGACCCAACCGGAAAGACUCUUCUUCUUGGUUGGACGUAUGAUGGGCACCAGACUAUGUUUGCUACGAUUGAGUUUGAAUAGAUUUCAGCUCUCUUUUCUUUUGUUUGCUCUAUAUUCUCUUCUUGAAGAUACUUUUUAGAUAGACGGGCUUUGGAAGAAGGGAACGGCGUGUAGCGGAGGCGUUUCAAGAAUUGAGAGUCUUGGUACAGGUUCCAACUGCUUUGAAUGAUUUUUAGUCCUAUGAUGAAUGAACUUCUGAUGACCGGCGAAGACUCAAUUUCCCGUCCACAGAUCUUUAGUGAAG